GGAGCUUCUUCGGACGCGGCCAUGCGGCAGCGCCCGCGCGUUUUCAGCGCGCCUGGCGAGGGCCGCGGGGUCCCCAGGGGGCUGCCCGCCCCCGGGAGCCAGGCGGAACCGGUCUGCCACCAUGCCGAGUGCCAGCAGCUGAACCGCAGCGGACCCCUGCACUUGUGCGACGCGUGUGACGGGCGCUUCCACAGCGCCAUGCACUUUGAUGGGCACAUCCGCUUCGACCUCCCUCCCCAAGGUUCUAUACUUGCACGGAACAUCUCCACCCGGUCGUGUCCGCCACGUACCAGCCCUGCCUCAGACGUGGAAGAGGAGGAGGAUGGGUUGCUUGACGGAAAAGGGGACCGGAAGAGCACAGCGCUGAAACUGCCCAAGAAGAAGGCCAGGCGGAGACACACUGAUGAUCCCAGCAAGGAGUGCUUCACCUUGAAGUUUGACCUGAGUGUGGACCUCGAGACGGAGAUCGUGCCGGCCAUGAAGAAGCGGUCCCUGGGGGAAGUGCUGCUGCCGGUCUUUGAGAGGAAAGGGAUCGACAUGUCCCAAGUGGACAUUUACCUGGAUCAGUCCAACACGCCGCUCUCGCUCCACUUUGAGGCAUUCCGGUUUGGGGGACACUACCUACGUGUAAAAGCCAAACCUGGGGAUGAACUGAAAGUGGAACAGGCCGUGAAGGACUUCCGGUCCUUGAGUUUGCCCAUCCUGCAUCCCACGGGGGUCAGCACGUCCUUCCCCUGCACCCCCUCCUUGGAUCGGCUGGAGCAGCUUCCCCUUCGCAGAGAAAGUGCUGAUAUCCUGGCGCCUGCCAGGCAGAGGAAGAACAUGAACGAAUUUCUGGGCGACGCCAGCAUUCCCAAUGGGGGUCCCGUCCAGCCCAUCCAAGCCGCCUUCUCUGGCAAUGGUGUCGACACCUGGAAGAACCGGGCUGCCAGCCGCUUCAGUGGCCUCUUUGGCUCUGGCAACAGUGCCGGCCCCUGUGUGCGGGAGGCGGACAGGAUAGAGCAGCUGGAGGACAGGCUGCACGCCUACAGCCUCUUCGGCUUGCCCAAGUUCCCACAGCAGCUCCGCUUUGAUCAGGACUCCUGGGAGGAGGAGGAGGAGGAGGAGGACGCCAGCCUGCGCCUGGAAGGCAGCUGGCAGGAGAUCAUGGACGGGACAGAGGCUCUCGCGCGCCGGCAGUGCCACCAGCAGGAGGCGAUCUGGGAGCUGCUGCACACGGAGGCGUCCUACAUCCGCAAGCUGCGCGUCAUCACCGACCUCUUCCUCUGCUGUCUGCUGAACUUGCAGGAAUCAGGGCUGCUGUGCGAGGUGGAAGCAGAGCGCCUCUUCAGCAACACCCGCGACAUCGUCCGGCUGCACCGCAGGCUGUGGCGGAGCGUCAUGGCACCCAUGCUGGCCAGGGCCAGGGCGACCCGGCAGCUGCUGGACCCCACCGACCUCCUCAAGGGCUUCAAGACGUUUGGUGCUCAUUUCAAGCCGUACAUCCGAUACUGUAUGGAGGAGGAAGGCUGCAUGGAAUACAUGCGGAACCUGCUGCGUGACAACGAGCUGUUCCGCAUCUACGUCACGUGGGCCGAGAAGCACAAGCAGUGCAACCGGCUGAAGCUGAGCGAUAUGCUGGUGAAGCCGCAUCAGCGCCUGACGAAAUACCCACUGCUGCUGAAGUCGGUGCUCAAGAAGACCGAGGAACCGCACACGCGGGAGGCCAUCCUCGCCAUGAUCAGCUCGGUGGAGCGCUUCAUCAACCACGUCAACUCCUGCAUGCGCCAGCGCCAGGAGCGCCAGCGCCUGGCCGCGACUGUCAGCCGCAUUGACGCCUAUGAGGCAGUGGAGGGCAGCACGGAUGAGGUGGACAAGAUCCUGAAGGAGUUCUUGCACCUCGACCUGACGGCCCCCAUCCCGGGAACCUCCGCCGAGGAGACUCGCCAGCUCCUGCUGGAGGGGGCGCUGAGGAUGAAAGAAGGCAAAGAGAGCAAGAUGGACGUCUACUGCUUUCUUUUCACGGAUCUCUUCCUCAUCACCAAGCCGGUGAAGAAGGCUGAGCGCACAAAGGUGAUCCGGCAGCCCUUGCUGGUUGACAAAGUGGUGUGCCGUACGCUUAAGGAUCCAGGCUCAUUCCUGCUGAUCUAUCUCAACGAGUUCCAGAGUGCCGUGAGCGCCUACACCUUCCAGGCCAGCGGGCAGGCCCUGUGCCGGAGCUGGGUGGACGCGCUCUGCAAUGCCCAGAACAAACUGCAGCAGCUGCGUCUCCAGGAGCGCCAGCGCAGUCAGCAGCUGCAGUGCCUGGAGGAGGAGGAGGAGGAGGAGGAGGACGAGGAGGAGGACGAAGAGAAGGAUGAGGAGAAGGAUGCGGAGGACGAGGAGGCGGAGGACGGCGAGAGCCUCACCUCAGGGGCCAGCUCCCCCACAAUCCUCCGCAAAAGCUCCAACAGCUUGGACUCCCAGCAGUGCCUUUCCGACGGCUCCACUGAGACCAUCUCCGUCGUGGUGGCGGCAGCUGGCGAGGAGCCUCCGUCACCUGGCGUGGAGGCCGGCCCCUUCGGCUCGCCUGCGGACAAGGCGUCCAUCAGCACCGUGGCAUCCGCCAGCCCGCCCACCAUGGAGUCCGGGGGGCCUCCCCUCACCGGCCCCGAGCACGGCCUGGCUCCGCAAACGGGCUCGUGCCGCUCGGCCUCCAUUGACAGCGCCUACGGGACGCUUUCGCCCUCCUCCCUUGAGGAGCUCGCAGGGCAGCAGCAAUGGGUGGCGGCGGUGGAGCAGGAGGAGGAGGAGGAGGAGGGCCCCGUGGGGCCCUCUCAGCGGGCAAGCUCUCCCAAGCUGCGCCGGCAGGUCCCCGUGCAGCUGCUGGCCACGAAGGGCCCAGUGCGGAAGUCCGAGUCGGAGGCCAGCCUCGUGCGGCUGCUCCCAGCCUCCCGGCAGGCCCCACUGAGCCAGAGCAAGAGCCUCUCCGAACUCUGCCCGGUGAUCCCCCCGCCGGGCCCCCCAUGGACGGAGGGCACCCGGGGCCAAGGGGCCGGCAGGGCGGGCCUGUGUGGCGGCGGCAGCACUUCGGAGCUGUCGGAGGCUGAGGAGCCUGGGGGCUGCGCCUCCACCCCUCUGGAAGGAUCCCGCCCCCCCUGCUGGCUGCUUGGGGAGUGCCACGGGGAGGAGCCCCCCGCUACCCGAUGCUCCACUUCCGACCCACACGCGGUCCAGCACCGUAAGCUGACGCUGGCCCAGCUCUACCGCAUCCGCACCACGUUGCUGCUGAACUCCACGCUGACGGCCUCGUGA